GAAAGGGUUACUAGACUGUUGUGUAUUUGACAGUGCUGAGUUCUCUUUAGGUUCCUCAGUAUCUGCUCCAGUGAAAAGGUCCAGUUCCUGACCAGACUGUCUGCAUUCAUUCAGUAAUUCUACAUGGUUGUUUGGCAAGGCAAGUAUAAAGCAGAGAAGCAGAGGUUGUAUAAAGCAGAGACAGCCCAGGCUCCAGGAAGAAGUCACCAGAUAUUCACUAUGGAGAGAAGGUCCUUGAAGGAGAUAAAGUUUCUGAAGGAGAGGAUGGGGGCGCAGCUGAAGGAGCUAAACCUGAACCCUAAAACACGAGAAAACACGAAAAAAGCAGUGAAGGGAUUCACAGACUUUAUACAGAACAAGGAGACGGAGGAGACAGACAACAGCUACGAUAACAAAGAGAUGUUGUUGGCGCUAGAGAAGGAGUACAUUGACGCAGCAAAAAUAAAUGAUGUACAGACCAUGAAGCUUCUGGGGAGGGCGGUCAAUGUCGACGCAAAGAACUUGCAUGAUCGUACUGCCCUGCACUAUGCAGUAGCUGGAAAAAACAUAGAGGCCGUCCAAGUCAUUCUACAGCGCAGAGCAAAUCUCAAUCAAGCGGACAAGCAUGGAGUGACAGCCAUCCACCUGGCUGCCUGGUUUGGGAGUGUACCCAUCCUGAAGUUGCUUGUGCAGGGUGGUGCUGACCCAGGUGUUCAGAAUGUGGUGGGAAUGAACAUCCUGCACUGUGCUGCUAUCAACAACCACACCGACAUAGUGACGUUCAUUAUCUACGACUUGAUGAUGAAAGAGCUGGACAAAGAGGACCUGUCUGGACACAGGGCGUUUGCGUUGGCAGCAGAGCAUGGCUCUGUAGAGAUGCUGCAGAUGUUGAUGGAGGAGGCAUACAAUAUGGCCACCAUGGAGGAAGACCAGAAUGGGGACACACCUCUGCACUUGGCUGCCAGCAAUGGCCAUUUGGACGCCGUUCAGCUACUGUUGAAGAGCUUUGAUACCCGUGAUGAAGUCAAUAUGGUUGGGGAGACAGCUCUGUACCUGGCUGCUGACGCUGCCCAUGAGGACUGUGUCCAGGCUCUGUUGGAGGCAGGCUGUGACCUAAACAUUGUCACCAUGAGCCAAUGCUCUGCUCUACACCCUGUCUCAGAGAAGGGCCACACGUCAUUGGUGAAACUCCUCAUAGAGAACUCGGCCCAGAUGGACUUACAAAACCAGCACCUCCAGGCUCCUCUCUACCUGGCAGUGAAGAACUGUCACAUCCCUGUCAUCCACACACUGCUGGAGGCUGGCUGCAACAUCAACAUCACUGAUCACAGGUCCCAGACUGUCCUGCAUGUAGCAGCAGAGCUGGCCAGAGUGGACAUUGUUGACAUGCUUCUGAAAGCUGGGAUGGACCUGACCCUCCUUGACAAGCAGGGUAAGACGGCACUGGGUGUGGCAGCCCGAGCAGACGAGGUCAUCAUCGUGGACAUGAUCAUCAAGGCAGAGAGAUAUUUCACAUGGAGGAGGGCCAACACUGAGCUUAAUGAGAACCUUCACAGCCAGUGUCCGCUGACGUUUAAAAUAGACCAUCGCGCGGAGAGCAAACAGGUCCGCGGUACGGCCUGGCACCUGGCCUACCACCUGCUGGAGCCGGGUGACUGGAAGAGGCUGGCGCUGCACUGGAACUUCACUGAGCAGCAGGUGGCUGCCAUCGAGGUGCAGUGGACAGGGAAGCGGAGCUACCAGGACCAUGGGAACAGGAUGCUGUUGAUCUGGCUCCAUGGGUCAGAGCUGGCCCAGAGGAAUCCAGCUAAAGAGCUCUACCAGGGCCUGCUUGCCAUAGGCAAAAAGACUAUAGCAGAUAAAAUACGAAUGGACACAGAGGAAGGAGACAUUAAGAAAUGCAUCCUUUCAUAAAGGGUGGUGAAAGUGUCUACGGACAGACGUUCAGUCAACGAGAUUCUAUAUUUUUCCAAAGGAGAGCAUUUGUGUG